GUUGUUGUUGUUGUUGUUGUUGUUAUUGUUGUUGUUGUUGUUGUUGUUGGGUGAGGUAGCGUAGAGUAUUGGGGGGAUGUGCCGUCUUACAGCGUACGUUGGGCCGCCCAUUGCGCCCGCCCACUUGGUGACACGCCCAAGCCGCAGUAUCAUCCGCCAGAGCUACGCAGCACGGGAGCGAGUGACGGAGCGAGGGUAUUUGAACGGCGAUGGGUUCGGCCUUGGGUGGUAUCCGCUGGUGCCUGUGCUGGAGGACUCUCCAAGCACGUGUGCAGCUGAACUGCGGCCGAAUCAAGGGCCUCAGGACCACCGCGCGCAGCCAGAGCACUCGUCUUGCUCCACAACAACGAGCCCGCGUGAGUCGUGCGAGAAUGAGGACGCCAAUGACAACCAACAGCAGCAAGAGCAGCAGCACCAUGCGCCGUGCUCUUUCUCCUCCACGGCAGAGGCCCGACACAGGGCCAGUCUCGAAGCCCACGGACCGGAUAUCCCACCGCCAAACUCAGAGUCGCUCGCUGGCACGUGUUUCCAGCGCUCGGAGCCAUGCGUCUUCACGGGGACGGGGCCGGCAUGGAACAGCACCAACCUGCGCCAGCUCUCGGAGAGCAUCACCGCCUCCAUCGUCUUUGCACACGUCCGCGCAGCGACGGAAGGCACAGACGUCACCGAACUUAGCUGCCACCCGUUUCGGUUUGGGCGGUACAUGUUCAUGCACAACGGCAACAUCGGCAACUUUGAGCGCGUGCGCCGCCUUGUUCUUCCAACGCUCGAGGGAGACGCGUUUGACUUUGCAGUCGCCAGGGGCUCGAGCGACUCGGCGCUUUGUUUCGCCAUGUUCCUGAACAGGCUGCCACGCGACCCAUCCACCCCGCUCACGUGCGAGCAAAUCCGGGAGCACGUGGUGUCCGUCAUCAAGGACCUUGACACGCUCGCAGACAAGCACAACCUGCGGCAGGCGAGCAUGCUCAACUUUGUGCUGACGGACGGGGAGCACACCGUGUGCACGCGCUAUCUUCGCGACCCAGACAGCACGCAGACGGGUGCAGCCACGCUCUACUUCUCAGCAGGUGCCGGUUAUGAAUGCGUACAUGAUUCGAUGGGCGUUUACCGCAUGUCGCACGCGGACCGGAGGCAUCGCGUUGUUAUCGUCGCAUCAGAGCCCCUCACCAACACCACCUCCGACUGGUUGCCUGUCCCUCCUGGGUACACGCUGACAAUCUCACGCGAGAUUGACGUGCUGCUGUCUCCCAUUCAUGGCGAACAGCCCAGCUGCCAUCCAAGCGUCACAGACUGCCUCACCCGCUCAUGCGUCCCAAAGUCUGCACAAGCCGUCGCCAAUUGCGAUGUGAGCAGCAUGACUGCUGGGCACCACGACAUCUCACACACGGCGAAUGUGUUGUGCUUUGAGAUUGUUGGCUCGCUGGUGUUUACGGGGUCCAAUGCGAGCACCAUCACAGUCUGGGAUUCCGAGACGUGGAGGCGGCUGGCGCAGCUGGAAGGCCACGACGACGCAGUGCUCUCACUCACAUCAACAGCACACGCAAACGCACGCUGCCACAGCAGCAGUGAUGGUGACAAUGGCCAUGAUGAUGGUGGUGGUGAUGGUGAUGAUGAUGAUAGCAGCAGCAGCAGCAACACGAGCGAGGGCAAGGCUGUUUCGAACAAGGACAAGGACCACAUUCUGUUCAGUGCUUCGAGUGACAGCACCGUGCGAUCGUGGAGGGCCAACGCCCCCUUUUCGCCACUCAUGACGGUUUCCUUUCUCGGUAUGGGUGACGUCACCUCACUUGCCAUAUUGGGCAGGUCGCUGUUUGCUGGCUUCCAGGACACGAAGAUUCGCAUGCUUCCCGUUGACGUCAUGUUGCAUCCAAUUGAGCGCGUGCAUUCGCAGCAGCGCAGUGGUGACGUGGCACUCGACACCCUCAAGCAGUUUGCACUGGAUGACUUCAACGAGGCGACGGUGAAGGCCCAUUUUCAGCAGCGUGCAUCAAAGGUCAACACUGCCCCUUCUUUCUCACUCGCGUUUAUUUGCAGCAGGGAUUGCACUGUGCGCUCGUGGGACAUUGACAAUGCAUGCUCGACAGGAAUGUGCACGCACUUUCCUUCAGAGGUCCUCAGUCUCGCACUCGUCGACCCAUUUCUCUUCUGUGGUUUGGACGAUGGCAGCAUCCACCUCAUCUCCCCAUCCACGCUCAGCCCUCGGUUUAUCCUUGGCCACGGGUCGCCUGGGCCCGUGCAGUGCAUGAUGAUUGACGUGGCGUCACACCGCCUCUUCUCUGCCGUCGACCACAACAUGCGCAUCUGGUCUCUCCCGCGCGAUCUCACCGGCGCUGCCGACACCCCAAAGGCGGACCAGCAGCAGCUCAAUGUCCGUGGCGCACAUCAGAAGCGCCUGUCAUACUCUGAAUCGCAUCUGCAUGAAAUGUUGGAGGAGUUUGUGUCGCUGAAAUCGGUGUCGAGUGACCAGUCACUGAAAGGCGAAUGCUUUGAUGCCGCCCGCUACCUCCAACAAGUCCUGAAGGACCACGGCUGCAGCACAACACAAGUCGGGCGAGGAGUGGUUCAUUUGUUGGUGUGA